CAAAUAAUUUGAGCAAGAAUGGUUAACGAUCAGGAACUGAAGGCUGGACAUGGUCCCGCAAGCAAAGUAGGAGGAGCAAGAAGGACAAGGAACAGAAGCAGGAGCGAGCAGGUUGGAGGAAUGGCUGGAGCCGAGGAGCCCACUGCUGAGGAGACAGCCCCUGUAACAGGGGAGGACGGAGAGGUGGUAGCCACUGGAGAGGAAUCUACGGAAGUGCAAGCUGCUGACCCAGAGGUAGUAGCUCCGUACAAGGAGAACAGCCCUGCUGCAGUAAAGUCAUUCCACGACAAACCCCUACCCUCCAAGAACAUACAGGUCACCAAGAACCCACAAGCAACCGCAAACAACAUGAACAUUCAACAACCCAGGAAAUAGACUGGAAGAACUGGUUUACAGUUUAUAUUUCAUGAAAAACUUAUAAAAUUUAUGUGUAAUAUGGAUUGGGAUGUAGCAUUUACAGUUGGGAUCGCUUAUUUAGCUAUGAUAAUUUUGGCCUGAUGCUCAUGAACAUUGAACAGUAUAGCCUAUAUAGCUAUAUUUAUUACCCCUAUUUUCCCCUUACGGCUACAGGAUGGCCCAAAAUUAACGAAUGGUUUGUGUUUAUUUUGGGGCAUCCUGUAAGAUUUAUAAUUAUUUCGAUACGAUUUUUGAGCAAGAGUCAUAGAUUCAUCAGCUAUAAAAUGAAUUUAAAGUUUAAGUACGUGUUUUUUGAAUUCUGCAAAUCUACAAUUAAUACUACCUUCCAUACAGCUUCACAAAUAUUACCUAAUUUUUAAACUCCACUUAAUGGAGGAUUGAGUCAGAAUUAAAUAUUUUUUAAGCAACAUUUUUAAUUGUAUUAUUUAGAUCAUAUUGAUUACUUAAUGUUCGUAAUUUAUCAACUACCACAUAAUAUCAUCCAUUCUAUAUACGGUCCGCAUAUCGGAGCAAUGGUGAUGAUUUCAUGAUUUUGUUCGUGAAAGUGAUGACAAUGAUUGAAAUUUGAGACAGCACUAGAACCAGUCUAAGCUAGCCCUCGACAUCAAACAUUGGUCAUAAGAAUCGUGGCUUCAUAGAGGUUUUGGUGAUUAAUUUAAUAUUGGAUCCAAUAUAUUAUUUUUUGAUGAUAAGAGAUGAUCAUAGAUGUUUAAACCCAACUUAGUAUAAUUUAUUAGUUUUAAAA